GCCAGCAUCUGCAAGUACGUCAUCAUCCAAAAAUACAAUUGUAGUGGUUGCGGCCAACUAUCCAUUCAUUCAAUAGCUACGUGUAGUCCCCUACAGUUCACUGUUUAUCCGCCAGAUAUAUGGUAGUGUACCGUUGACAUUUUGAAGACGGCAAAUGGAUUCAUCUACCUAUCAAGUUCUCUCAUUUCAACCAUAUCAACAGGGCGUGACGCGACCGUACACGAAGCGUCGGUCGCACCUGAAGUCGUACGGCGGCUGUCGUAAUUGUAAAACUAGUCGAGUUAAGUGUAAUGAGCAAAAGCCAACAUGCGCACGAUGCAAACGACUUGGGAAUUUUUGUCAGUAUAGCAGCACUGGUCGAAGAGGUCAACCCCAGCCAAGAUCUUGUAUCGACAUGCCUAUCGAGCUACCGUUCAUAUCGAUGUUCAAAACUAUUAAUCAGCCAUCACUUAUUGAGAAUGGAAUAUCCGGAACAUUGUUGCUAGACCACCUGCAUUAUAGCUUUUCGAAUAUGGAGGUCUUCAAGGCCACGGGUGACAAUCUUCUACCUCUUAUUCAACUUGGGAGAGCACAGCCAUAUCUACUGCAUAGUAUGCUUUCUAUGGCUGCAUCUCACUUACGAUACAAGUACGAAACUGCAGACUCGACGAUCAAUUCAAAACAUAUUAUUGUGGCCUGCCGAGUCGCCGAACAUGCACAGCAAGGUGUGGCUAUUGGUCUUUUUAGGGAGGCCUUAGCAAAACCAAUUACUACCACAGGAAGAGCAGACGCAUUGAUAUUUACAACGAUGGUGCUCAAUUUACUAGCCUUUUCAUCGGAUGAUUCAUCUACAUUGGAGAGCACGUGGAUAUUCAGCAACAAUCCCAAACGACUUGAUUGGUUCUAUCUUCAGUUAGGCUUGAAAUCGCUGUUGCUGCAUACAACAGCGUAUCGCGAAGAGUCUGUCUUGAGUUGGAUAUUCCAAGCUUCAGAUGACGAGAAUUCUACUUUCCAUAACAGCAAUCAGCAACCUCUUACAAAUGUGCCCCUCCACUGGUUACGGCUUUGUGGGCUUGACCAUAAUGGCGGCACUAGCAAUUUGUUCUAUGAACCCGUUCGUAUUCUAGCAGAAUUGAGGAAUAUUGAAGCUUCGCCGUCAUCAUUCCUUCUCUACACGUCAUUUUUCGGAAAACUUGACGGACGAUUUGGAGAUCUACUACUAGCCGGAGAUGAGCGAGCGAUGUGGCUGUUGGGAUAUUGGUAUGGAUUACUAAGUCGGUUCAAGCUUAAUUGGUGGUUAUACAAGUAUGUUUCAAUGCAUUCCAAGGCCGUGGUUGUAUGGUUAGAGACAAAAGGUGCUCGUUCUCAGAAUGCUGCGGAUGGUACCAUGUGGUGGCAGCUUUUAGCUGAUCUAGAGCAAGCUGAUAUUUAUCCUAAUAAUUAGAGAUAUUUAACGUAUCAGUUAUAAAUAU